GCGCGUUUAGUCAACCUGGUGGCGCCGAGGAAACAACUGUUGGCGACGCCUGCGAGUCGCGGAGUAACCUGCCUGAGAGUCCGGGGAGUUCGCGAGCGUUCGAAUUAGAAAAAGGAAAGCGAAUCGCGCGGCGGGAUAAUUCCGCGAGAGGGAAAGAAAUUAAGUGCCCCCUCGAGUGUCUCGAGUUUCCCGAAUCCCGGUGUUCGAGGUAUCGCGCGAGCGGGCGGGUGCGUGCGCGCGAUUUUGUGAAAACCCAGGCUAACGGAAUUCCCAGGUAAAGAAAGAAAAUAGAAAGAAAGGGGGAAACAGGUGGGACGCGAGAAUGGUAGCCAAAGACCCGAAGAUGGUCACAGCGAUGGAGCUGAUGAACCCGUACGAGAAACCGCCGAGCAUGUCGGCCAGCCAGACCAUGAGGACCUUCCUGUACAAUCGCGAGACCGGCGCGUUCAUGGGCAGGACCGCAAGUAGCUGGGGUAAAAUCGGGCUUUUUUAUUUGGUAUUCUACGGAGUUCUGGCGGCACUUGUUGCUAUCUGUUUCUGGGGAUUCUUUCAAACCCUCGAUCCAAGGAUACCUAGGUGGCAACUUGAUAGGUCUAUUAUUGGAACAAAUCCAGGAUUAGGAUUCAGACCAAUGCCACCAACGGAGAAUGUGGAGAGCACCUUGAUUUGGUACAGAGGCACCGACAGCGAAAACUUCAAACACUGGGUUGAUUCACUACAAAAUUUCUUAAAAGAUUAUAUAACACCAGGAUCUGUUCUUGGUCUCGGCGCUAAUAUUAACAAAUGCGAUUAUAAUCAGCCGCCACCACCCGGAAAAGUUUGCGACGUUGAUGUGAAAAAUUGGCAUCCUUGCACCAAGGAAAACAGAUACAACUAUCACAAAUCCGCUCCUUGUAUUUUCCUUAAGCUGAACAAAAUUUAUGGUUGGAGACCGGAAUUUUACAACGAUACUGAAAAUUUACCGUAUAAGAUGCCAGUCGAUCUCAAGGAACACAUCGCUAGUCUGAAAGGAAACAAUUCCUUGCAAUUAAAUACAAUCUGGGUAUCCUGCGAGGGUGAAAAUCCUGCUGAUCAGGAAAAUAUUGGACCAAUUAACUAUUUGCCACGACGCGGUUUUCCCGGUUAUUUUUAUCCUUAUGAAAAUUCCGAAGGUUAUUUGAGCCCGCUUGUCGCAGUGCACUUUGUCAGACCACGAACUGGAAUUCUGAUAAAUGUCGAAUGCAAAGCGUGGGCAAAAAAUAUCAAGCACAGUAAGACCGAUAAGAUUGGCGCGGUCCAUUUUGAGCUGAUGAUAGAUUAACGAAAUCUAAAAGCAGCCUUCGGCUUCCUAUGCAAGUCUCUUAAAGUGAAACAAGUGCCUUCAAGACAGCACUCGAGGUAGCCACUGGGCAACUCUUCUAAAUAAUAAAAAUGUGAGCAUAUAUCUCUCCGAAGUUAACGACAUACCACCGACUCUCUGGACGACAUUAAUCAAGUACAAAACGGAAAGAGUUCUUACAAGACAUUUCCGAAAUUUUAAAUGGAUUAUACAAAAAAAAUCACAAACUUCUGAGAGAUUGCAUAUGUGUAUGCUGAAUGAAGAUAUAUCGAUGAGGAUAAUGACUGAGAAAGGGAGACGCUGACAAAAAUUAGACUUUGCACAAUGAAAAAAUAUUGGAUAUUAAGAAUUUUAGAAAUUUGGAAUCAAAUUUCUCAGUGAAUACUAAGCAUGACGCACAACGGAUAAGUAUAAGAUAUAAAAGAUAAAUGUGUCAAAAAAGAGACACAACAAGUUAUUAUUUAUCUAUAUUAUUCUGCAUUGAGGAAAUUGAUUCUGAUUCCUAUUCCUGAUAUCUAAUGUUUUUCAAUUGUGUGUACAGGGCCUUGAGUAGACCGAUCAUUGAGAGGUCUUCAUUAAUAAAUAAUAUAACUUUUUAGAGCAUUUUUUAAUAUAAAAUCUGAUAUUUUUUUAUUUAGAUUUGUCUAUUUAUUGAAAAUUUAUCAAAUUUAUCUGAAACAAAAAUCUUGAGCAAGCAUUUUUAGCACGCGUAAAAGAUACUUCUUAUUCUUCUUGCAACUAAAUGAUUAUAUCUAAUGCUUUUUUGAAUUUUUUGAUUAAGUUAAUAAUUAAUAAUCUUAAGAAUUCUAUAUAAGAAUAUAAUACUUUUAUCAUUCAUAAAACUAUUUUUUUGCAUAAAAAAACUAAUAUGAAAAAGUUGAGUGUGUUAGUGUUCCAAAUGCUUAUAUUGCUAAUUUUAUUAUACUAUAAUUUGUCGGCAACAUAUUAGUUUGCAUAUAUAUUUUAUAUAAUGCUGUGUUUCUUGUUAAUAUUUACACAUAAUUGUAGAUUAAAAAAGUUUCUAUUCAAUUUAUCAUGCCUUUGUGCAAUUAAAAAUUGGGAACAAAGAAUGUAAUCUCAAAGAAUUAUAAUCAUUUACGCGUGCCUUCCUUUGCUCAUAAGUGCAAAUUUAAUUCGCUUUUGUGCAAUUAAUAAUUAAAAACGAAUGAAAGAAUAGAACGAUGGAAUCUCAAAGAAUUGUAAUUGAUUAAUACACGUGCCUUCCUUUGCUCAUAAGCACAAUUUAUAUAUAAAGACCGACCAACAUAAUAACAUAUAAAAGAAUCUCAUUUGGAAUUAUUUAAUAUACUCAUAUACAUAUAUACAUAUAUAUAAUAUUAGCUGAAUAGACUUUUUUAUAAUCAGGCGUGCAAUUUUAGACUUUUUUAAUAUUCAAAUGGUAAUUUAGAAAUUAAUACGUCCUCAGGUAAUAUUAUAUUUUUUACCUUAUAUUGGAACGCGUCAAUAAUUUUGUCAAGUAGAAAUUAAGAAUCGCGAAAUAUAGUUAGUAAGCUUAUAAAUAUUUCUUAUAUAAGGAAUUUCAAAUGGCAAGUAUUGUUAAACAUGAUUAUAAUAUUUAAGGUAUUUAAUAUCUGGUCUGCAUUUGUAAAUAUUGACAACUCUGAUAUAAAUGUUGAAAAAUGCUAUGCAGAUUUCAAUAAUUUUAAAUUGAUGCUAUAUCAUACAUCAAUAACCCAAUAAACACAGAACAUAACAGCAACAUUGCGGCAAUGUUAUAACAUUACAAGCAAUAUUACAAAAUUGUCGCAAUGUUACUGCAAUGUUCUGUGUUUACUGAGAAUAAAAUAAUAAAAAAAAAAAAAGAAUUUCAGAAAACAUAACAUGGAGAAUAUAAAUCAAAGCAAAAAAUAUUCAUAUACUGUCUCUUUCUUUCUCUUUAAAUAAAAUUUGAAAUAUAAAUUAUAUGUAUUGUAAAAAUGAUUUUAGAAAUAAGAUAAUUUUCUUUUCUUUUAAGAGAAAGGAGAGCAAAAUAGUGUUCAUAGAUCUGAAAUAUACAGAAAUAAAAAAAUAUAAUGGCUUAAUUAAAAAAUGUAUUAAGCCAGCUACAUGAAUAAAUGAGUCAUGACUAAUGGCAGGAUUAAUGACGAAAGAUAUAUAUUAUUUUACUCGAUAUUAAGAUGUUGAUAUCAAUCUGUUUCUUGUGAUGUAAUUGCGAUUUAUUUUGUGAUGUAAUUGCGAUUAAAUGUGCACACAUAAAAAUAUUUUUAAGAAAUGGCAGCUAAUAAUUUUCUCUUGAGAAUUAUAUACAGCGGGAAAUCUAUACUAGGAAAAGAAUUGAGUAUCUCCAACCAAACAGUUUAAUUGAAGCGUUUUCUAAAAGUAACCAAAUAUCCUACUUUACAUAAGAAAAUCUUUAAUUGAUUUUAUUAAAUGUAUUUUUUGGUUUUGUUUUUUGUGUGUUUAGCUGCUUAGUAACCCGAAGCAGUACAACAACUAAACAAUUUUAUUAGGCAUAUUGUAACCAAACGUUUUGUUAUUCCAACAAAAUUUUGAAUUAUAGAAUAAAACAUUUUUACUAGUGCAUGUAACACAUUGUAAUCAAAUCAGAACCUGUAAUUAUUUGAGUACAAUUUUGAGUUAAUAACAAAGGAAAAAUAAAAAAUUCUACUUUUUAAUUUAUUCCUUUGCUGAAUAUGCGGUUUAAUUAUAGUUACAUUAUAUAUAAAUGAAAAUAGUACAUCUUAUAUUACGAGAAUUAAUCAAAAAGUAAUGUUCUCUCAAAAUUGUAAAAAUUAUAUUUAUUACAUAGCAACAAAAUAACAAUGAGAAUCAAAUCAAUGUUUUAUCCUAUGCUAAAAUAAAUACAUCUUUUGUAAUAAAA